CCGAGUCAGUCAGUCAGUUGCCUGACGGCAUUAGUUCUGGAUUGUUAUGUGGUGCUGCGCUCCCGUUACAGAACACUAAUCUCGAAUGCAACCGAGAAAUGCUUUUGUUUGGUUGUUACUCCGUUAUAAUCCUCGUUUACAACCAUUCAAAGUUCAUCUCUUGACACUAGACGCGUGUUUCAACACUUGGAUGUGUCCCUCUCGCCUUUCGAGUGAUUAACGUUUGAGAAAAUACUGAGUGGGAUUAAGCAUCAAAAGAAUCUGAGAUGAUGUGAACACCUAAGCUGAUCUUUCUCCCAGAGUGUUCAUCACGUGAGAUUGAUUUCAGUCUCUAUAAUGGCGUCACAAUAACUACGGUCGGCAAUGAGGAUGAAAGAAAGCAUUGGGCCACGAGAUCUCAGUAAUUAGAGGCCUUCACCGCAUACAGAGACAAAUGACUCUUUCUCUUGUCGCUGAAAUAACACAUUACACUGUAUCACUUCCUGCAAACAGCAGCUUUUUAAACAUCAAUAAUAUUUUUCUUUCUCCAGGGUACUUGUGAACUGAACACAAUGUUACGCAAUGUAAACAAACAUAAGAGUGAUUCAUUCACCAGACCCCAAAGAACAAUAAUGUGAGCAAAAGAAAAUUUGCCCCAGCUGUUGUUUUCAGUCACCAAGUGGUGUCAGGAAUUGUUAUGGCCAUGAUGUCAGACUGAGGACUUUCGACACUGAAGGGGCAGAGGCCAGAAUGUGUGCUGUAGAGCCCCCAGUCGCCUGUGGGGAGCACAACCCUUUGUCGUCUGCACCAAACAACUGCUGUCCGAAUCCAAUUGAUGUGCAUACACAAAAACAAGUUUUGGCCUUCCGGAGACUCUACCAAAGCAUGCUUAAGAAGCCAACAUCAGUGACCACGCAGGCGCCCCUCCCGAGUGAAGGCGAUGCAGAUGAUUGCAUUCUGACUGCUAACACUACCGAUGACCUCAUCUCUCUUUCUGUGGAGUGUUGGAAGAGACCUCUUGUUUCUCAGAAAUAUGUUGUCAAUGUUAAUGGUUAUAGACAAGAAACUAACAGAAGUGCAAAUUAUGGAGGGUUAAAUUUAUCAGCCAGAAUUCUGACAGAAAGGGAGGAAAAUGGUUUGACUGAAAAUAGAUCGGAAAUGCAGAAUUGUAAUCAUCAACAGUAUAAUAAGCUUUGCAUAGGUCAGGAGGAUUUGAUAAAAGGAGCAACGCCUUGUCGAUACAAUGCAGGCAGAAACAGAGGUUGGUAUGGUAAGGAAGGAAACAACUUGUCUACCAAAAAUAUAGUAAACACAGCCAAUUCUGGUUUGUCAUUUGACGAAAAAUUUUAUCACAAUGAGGCAAUGAAAGAAGGAGUCCUAAUACUAGGUCCAUUGUAUGAAGGAACAAGAGAGGAGGAAUUGCAAAAUGAAAGAAAUAAAGAAAGGAUAAGUUAUGAGAAUGGACAAGAUGACAGAACUUGGGUAAAAGUAGUAAGAGGGGAAAUGAUUGACCGAAUUAACUGGCAAAGUGGAAGACAAAACACAGCUGUAGAAAAAAAGGUCACUCCAUCUAGCAAUACAGAUAGAAGUGGGAGAUUGCAUUCAGAAAAUAGUCAUGGAGCAUGGAUACAAGAAGCCAACGAAUAUACUAGGUUUGAACAUGCUAUAAGCAAUGAAAAGGAAUAUAACAAAUUCAGUCAUUGUCCUACUGCAGAUCAACAGCUGUGCUGUCAACUGCAAGAGUACACAGAGCACAAACAUUGUCUGAAAACUCCCCAAAUUCGAAAGGAACCAGUAGCAGGUCGAAGUAAACUUGAACUGGAAGAGAAAGGCUUAGAGCUCCACCUUCAUCACUAUUUAAGACAUGAUAAUUACACUUCCCAAAAUAGGAUCAAUAGUAUACAACAGUCACAUUAUGGUGUGGGUCCUGAGCCAUUAUCUCAUUCAUGGAGUAACCCGCAAAGUAACAUAAGCAGGAAAAAGACCAAAACUUUGGGCCGGAAAGUACUGGGGAGAAUAGGGGAAUUAAAAGAAAUGAAAUUGUUAGGGAUCUUUCAGGAUUUUGAACCUAAGGAGUGCAGUCAGAGAGUCGUACUGGGUACAAACACAACAAAAUUGUGGAAUAUAGGUGAAAGAGGAAGGAAAAUUGUCAAUGAUUGUCACAAAAAGCUCACAGAAAAAAUACCCAGUCAUUUCACUGUUUCCAAGCCAAAAAGAGAAACAUCUCCAAAUGCAAUUCCAUUUGGAGUUAAACAACAGUAUAAAUGCUUCUUCAUCAGCUCAGAGCAAUACUGGGAGUGUGAUUCAAUUAGUCCAAAUGCAGUUUAUCGCGAAUCUUUCAAAAUUUCUCAGGAUAGGAAUAACAAUUGUUCAGACUGGCACUUACAAAAAGACUUGAACGAUCUUUUUUUUGGCAUACCUCAGCAAAAGAUACAGAGGUCAUCCAAAAAACUCUGUAACAUUCAAUAUAUUUUAACAAAUGCAGAUUAUUCUAAAAGUCAGAAUGAACCCUCCUUAAAAAAGAGGUUUGCAAAUUUCAUGAUGAAAAUGAAGUAUUUCUAUUCAAUAUACAAAUAUUCUGGAUAUAAAAAAAUGAAAAUAGAAAAUUUAUUUACUGCUAAUCAAACAGAAAAAACUCCAGGAAAAACUGAUCGCAACCUCUCCGACGCUUGCACGAUUAGAGGAUACAUAAACAGAAACAUCCUGGGGAAGAGUGUUCCAACAGAACAAGACGCAGAUCAGGGCCAGUCAGGUGACGGAGGAAGACGCCAGUGGGAGAAAAGCAAAAGCAAUAAAGAAAACAAUUUUGCAGCAAAUGAUGAUGAUGCCAGCACCGAUGAUAAAGGCGGGUCAGAAAGGACAAGCGCAAGUGUCCAUCCAGUAGUUAAGCCAACAAAAAACUUACACAGAAGUUUUGAUGUAGAUUAUCGAGGAAGACAAAGAAAGCCUAAAAGUCAGAAAGUAUUUCAGAGAAGUAUAAGUAGUGAUGAAGACAAGUGCUAUGGUGCAAUUGCCGACACAGUGAAAUACAGAGACAAAGACUUUCCAACCAGAUUGAACGUUAGUGACUCUUCCAACAACAGCAAUGAUCCAACCGACUGUUUAAAAGGAAUAGUAAAUAAAAGAUUAUCUAAAUCCCACGAAAGGAAAAGAACUAGUCUGAGAAACAAAAAGGAUUUUGUAUCAGACCUGCACAGUAGAGAUGCAGGUCAUUCUCGUCGAAAAUAUGCCAAAGCAAAGUCAGAUCAGUCCACAAGCAGUCAAUCGUCCAGUUCCUCAUCUUCAAGUUCCAGAGCCAGAUCAGGGACAAAACCUGCACAUCGACUUAAAAGAAAAUCAGUUCCCAAGGAAACAGUUCAGACUGAUCAACCUUUAAAGGCUGCAGGUAACUAUGAUGAACAAUAUGAUCAAUCACAAUUCCUAGCAAGGCUUGACAGUGUACUGUCAGACCUUGUCGAAAAUGAGAAAAAGAAAAUAAGCAAGUACGGCCAACUAAAAUUCAAAGAAAUGAAACAUGUAAAUUCCGAAGAAUUCAUGUCGACGAAACCUUCCCUUAAAAAAGAGGUGGGACACCAGAGCAGGAAAAAAUCCUCACCAGAGGUGAAUCCAAGCAUCAACCCGUCUGUCCAGCAGCUAAGAGCAACUCUCAGAGCAGUCAGAGUAAGAAAACGCACUCCACUAGCGUCUGAUCUGCUCGACAAACAUGCUGAGAGAUUUACUGAACGUCUUCCUCAUAAUCCCAGAAUUUUGAAAUCUCAAGUAUCUUCCCAACUCUUGGCACAAAGGUGUUACCAACCUCCAAAACGAAAGCCAUCACACGACGACCAAAAUAAUGCAACUGCCGAUUAUGCUUCUGAUUUCUAUUCUUCUGAUGAGGACCAUGGUGAAUUACAGGCAGUAUGUCAAAAAGACUUGCCAUCAAUUGAUACAAAGCCUAAGAAAUACCAAGAGAAUUUUGAAGAAACGGAUGCUGCAACUGACGAGAAAGAUGAAAAUGAUACGUGCUCUGGAAGUGAUAACCCAAUCACAAAAAGGUAUGCACUCAAUACUCGUAAGAAAAUACAAGAAACGAUAUACAAACCCCACCAUGGAGAAGUUGGUGAUUCUGGUGACUUUAGUGUCGACAGCGCAUAUACUGGCAGCCGUGGUGCCACACCUGAAAAUGUUUUAACUCCAACUGUCAAAUGCAGAAGUUUAGGGGGAAGCCUGACUACAGCUCUACCGGCAAUGAGAUUCUAUAGUUCAUACAGAAAUAUGCCACGCUCAGAAAGGCUCAUUGAACUUAAAAGAAGCAUUCUUUAUGACAUCAAGCAGUCAAAACUAUAUAGUGACGAAAGCAUAAACUCACUCCUCGAAGAAUACAAGAGAAAAUGCUGUGAUGUUAGCUCUACAGAUGUUCAGGAGGUAAUCCUGAGUGUACAAGAGGACCUGGGUGUUAAACCUAGACCCGAUUAUUAUAUAUGUCACCUAUUGCAAUCAGCUGAUGAGCGAAGGCAGGGGGAAUUCGGAAGCAACCUUACUACCGACACAGCCAAUCCAGAAACUCACAGUCAUUGCACAACAGUUGAAGAUCCUUACGCAUCGAAAGUUCCAAAUUGCCCAAAGGACGAAAUAGCCAAAGGAUCAAAUGGCAGGUUGAAACAUGAUGACUCCAAACAGGAACUGACAGAGUCGCCUAAAAUAUCCCGUAAAUCUGAAGGUAGAGAGAGGUCAGUCGCCCCAAAAACCAAGGGUUCUCAAAGAAAACCACGGAGUAGAGAAGAGAAAGAGGACAAAGCAUGGGCGGAAGCAGCUUUAGGGGACGUAGCUCCAAGCAUCGUGGCCGAAGCAGCCCAAGCACAGGUCGAGGCUAAGUCAAACACAGACGACUCUGACCAAGAUUGGUCAGGAUACGUCACUGACCUUUGUCAGCAAUUUGACAUCAAAAUAUGAACCAAAGCUGAUCUGUUUUUGAUAUUCAAUCUUUGCAAAGAUAUAGAGAGGAAAGAUUAAAUAACACUCGUUCGGAAAAUGUUAAAAAAUAUAAAAGACGCUAUUAUGAAAUAUGUCUUAGUUUUCUUUACAGACCUUGUAGUUGAAAAGGUGAACACAUUCACUGAAAGGAGACUAUACUCUUUGCAUGAAAGAAGGCUUGGAAAAUGCAUGAAGAUAAGGGAGAGAUUGUUAAUCGUUGGGAUGCGAAAUUCUGCGAAGAUGACAACAGGCAUUUAUCUCAGGAUUAUGUCUAAUUUCAACCUGGGAGAUAUAGAACUAUCUUAGUAUGCCAUGCAUAAUUGUUCACAACUGCAGUUUGAAAGUAUUAUAUAGAUGGAAAUAGCCAGUAGCAAUUUCCUUAUUGUAUAGACCUGCGCUCUUAAGAUGAAAGAUAUUCCCAGUGAGCCAGUAGGAAUUUCCUUAUUAUAUAGACCUGCGCUCUUAAGAUGAAAGAUAUUCCCAGUGCUUUGAGCUCUCUCCUCUCUCUCAUCUUUUCCUCUUCCUCCCCUCUUCUUCUUCUUCUUCUUCUUCUUCUUCUUCUUCUUCUUCUUCAGAAUCCCUAGUUUAUAUAAUACAAUACUUCCAACAUUCUAUUUCCGUCCAUUACUCAAGCACUUCUUCAAUACAUGACGGUGCUCCAACAUCCGGAAGGGGAAACAAAUGGAUAUUUUAUCUGCAGAAGCCGUAGCUUCGGAUGCUGUUCAAUCUUAGUUUUAAUCAAACAUUAAUUAACAAUAAAAGAAAGAAUGACGGUUAUAGUGCUCUGUCGCAUUUUGAGGAUGAAAUGGGGGCUUUAGCAGGAAAAAAUUCACGGUUUUAAAUUAUUUGAACAAAAAUGCGAAAGGAUGCUUGUUUCAGUCGAGAGAUUGACAUUAAAUCUAUAUUUCACAAAUUAUUGACAGAAAAUUUUCCGCAGAGUCAUUUUUAAAAAUUUAAUAUAUCUCAUGCUAAAGGCUGUCUACUGAUUCAUGUUAAAGAGUUGUGUGCUGAUGUUAGCCACAGAAAAUACUCUGUGUUGGUUCUGGUCACUACUUGGAUGAAUAGGCACCAAGACAUGCUACACAUAUAAACCCUUAGACAUCUAUUCGGCAGGACAAGACUUGCUGAAAGGCUAAAUGGCUACCCCUCUGAGGGUAAUGGUCGUAUGCUGAUAAAAAAUACGUAGAGGCCGUAAUUACUUGUGUGUGACUUCCCACAGUUUAAUCAAAUACAAGACAAGGCAGAUGGAAUUAUCAGUAUUUCUUAAUGCUUCAGGGAGCAUUUCUAUCAUGAGUUGAUGAUUAUAAAGGACACAUUUUCCGCCGGCAAUACAGACUGACUCCUCUCAUUGAAGCACUUGAUCUUAGAUUCCCUCACUGUGCACACCCUACCCAAAACCACAUAUUAUGAGACUUGAAGCUCCGAGUUUCCUUCAGAAUAUCUAGUAAAAGGAAAGGAGCUUCCAAUGCCAUGGCAACCCCACCUUGAGGAUCUUGAUAUACACAAUAACUUGAGUGAAACAAACAUUUAUAAUCACGAAAUGCUUUGGGCUGUGAACGAAAUCCCGCUGAUUUUAUUCAAGUGGACUCCUUAUACAGAUUGUAUCGAAUAUGAGAAUCUAUUGACUUAGAGUUUCAACACAGAAAGUAUGGCAAGUGUUGCUGACGUUAUUCUGCUUGCGUAAGAAGACUAUCUUUUCAAAAGAAGAUGAACUUUCUCUUGGAGUUGAAACAGAUGGAUUUUGUCAAGGCCAAAAAAUUGGAUCUGGUUAUCGCAUGUCUCGUUGGAAUGUUCGCAAAAGUUUCCCAGAAUCAAUUGCCCUUCUGGUAAUCACUUAUGUUGAGGAAAACUGAUAUUUUUUUUAAAAACCUACUCCCACUUUCCUACAUAAUUCACUAAGACUUUCAUAGAAAAUGAAUGAAUAAAGGAUUUAUUUAAGUUAUGACUCCAGUUGCGUCCCGUAUGGCCUUCCAUCCUUGACUACUUUUGAAUGCCAGAAAUUGACAAUAUUGAUGCUACUCUAUGAACUGUAUUGUACAGCAAUGUUGUAAAAAUGAUUUAUUGACAAAUUAAGAAUUGAACUAUGAUAAGCUUGCGUGUGCUUUUUGAAUAAGAAUUCCAUUUGAAUGUGAUGAGCCUUGGGUUUCGACUUGUUACAAUUAUGGUAAUUUCAGUUUCUCUCAAGGGUACAGCCAGGACCUGGCUUUUGGUAUUGAAUUCUAUAUAUAUUUACUUUGGAAUCCUGAACAUACUUUGUGAUGGACACUUUUCCCUUUUUUGAAAAAGACUAAAGUUGAAUGCAAUGUCCGUUCAAGUAAAUUGGGGAAACACAUGAAAAUAUCUUCUAUCAACAUCGAGAGGUAAAAUAAAAAAAAAAGUAUGUCAAAUGGUAAUUCUACCACGGCAAAAUUGAUCAUACAAACCUGUAAAACUUCAAAGGAAUACUAGGCGAGUUGUAAUGUAAACCUGGCUCUAACAAUAACGUUAAAUAAUUAGAUUCAGCCAAUCUUAUUUCUCUUUUAGAUAUACCUCUAAAUGAGAUCAACUCCAGUGGACUCAUAAAUAAUCCAGACCCUAGGCUGAGUGCGACAAAGGGCUUUGCAAUCAUCUUGUAGCUCUUUUCCUAACCUCCUCAAGAAAAUUGAAUUGAUUGUUAUGAUUAAGAGUAGCUAACACAUAACAGAUGAAAUAGCGGAUAUUCAUAACGGUACUCGGGGAAAAUAUAUCUAACUUCUUUUGUUACAGGCACUAGUUUUGAAAAAUCGUGUCAAACGUACUGAACUUAAGCGAACGCAAUGAAAUUUCAUCCAUAAUGUAGACAAGGUUACUUGCCUGUAGACGGGAAACUAAAAAUUAUAUUUUGCCUGGAAAUAAGAACAUCAAAACAUUAUAUCGUACAACAGUUCCAAAGUUUAAACACAAAACCGCCAGUCCUACAGAGAAACUGUAACUCUCCUCUAAUUCUGGAAUCUAAUGCAAAUAAGAACAUCCGAGCGCCAGGUAGUGUGACCUGGCUCCUCUACGGAAGCUGUAUUCUAGAUUCUAAGGCUUCCAGAGAUUAAGUAUGACAAAUUGAAGACUGUUGCAAAGUCCCUUGUAUUCAGAUAUAGGAUCCAUUCACACGAGAUAUGCCUUAUUAAUGUAUCUGGUGAGGAUUUAAAAAUGUUAUUCUGAUUCAGAGGUAACUGAAUGUGAAAGAUUAGCUGCAUUCCUGUAUUAAUAAUGCAGAGAUCAGCUUUGUAUUCAUACAUAAAAAACUACUUCAGAAUCUUAAACUGAUUUUAAAUCGUUUUCCUGGAUAAUCUGUAUAUCUAAAUUAUGCUGUAAAUGAUUAUAAUAAUUCUUAUUGUGAUUAUGAUUAUUAAUAUUAUUUUGUUCACACAUCCUUGCGGAGAUAUCAAAAUAGGCAAGGAACAUAAUACCCACUCGUCGACGAAAAUAAUUGAAAAUAAAUAUUUAUCAGUAGGGAGAUAAAAUGAAUGAACAAGUCAAUAAAUAAAUACUGAGACCUUUGAUUCCGUAGCUGGUCUUAUGAACAGUGGUUGGCCUCGAAAUCACAAAUAGUGCAAAGUCAUCAAAUACCACCUAAAAAGAAGCUCCUAGCCUGCUUUUUUUUUUUCUUUUUGCAAACACUAAUCUUCCUUCGUAGAUUUGCAAAUGAUUCAUUAUAUUAAUUCUGUAUUAUUGAUGGUGUUCUUGUUAAAUAUUUGAUAAAAAUAUGAUAGCAAUGGGCUUGCCAUUAUUUGUACAUUCGUCGUGUGCGUGAUUGGAUGUUAUUAUAUGCAGUAUUUUAGAUUGUCUCCAAACUGAUUUCCUAAGUCUUAUAACUGAUGAUCUAGCAAUGUAUAUUUUCUUGUAUUUCGCAGGUACCUACCAUUAUUCCAAUUUCCUCAAAUCUAUAGAUGGUAAGGGCAUUAAUAGGACAUGCUAUGAAUACCGACAAUGCGGCAAGAGCUUGCAGUAAACACUGAAACAAAUAGGUGCCUCAUACCUUCGAGUACAUUGUUCACACACAUCACUAUACUCUGUUUUUUUUUCCAUCUGUCCAUCCGCCUGUGGUGUUUUUGUAUAGUAACACUGCGUCCCGGGCUUUAGAUAGUUACGCUAUUUGUAAGUUUUAGGUAAAUAAAAGGAUAUCUGGGUGUACAUUUGCAACUGAAACGUGUUUUAAUAAUUUACUGUAUGCGAAUUACACCGUUAAUAUUCGAAAUAGGAUAUUAUUAUAAUCGUUGAAUGUAAGCUGAAUGUAACUAUCUAAAGCCCGGGACGCAGUGUUACCAUACAAAAACACCACAGGCGGAUGGACAGAUAAAAAAAAAAAACAGAGUAUAGGUUAGAAAUACGAAGCAAAAGACCACUGAGAGAGGUAUAAAGUAAAAGGUUUCUUGUUGUAUCCAAACGAUGUGUAGGUUAAAUUUACACGAAAAGGUUAGGCACUGAUUUGUUUCAAUUUUUCCUGCUGGGUCUUGAAGUACAAAGAGUAACGUGAUUCUUGUGAUGUAAAAUGUUAUCAAAUCACGUCGGUAACUUAUCACGCACACAUCACAAACAGGUUGAAUACAAGUUAACGACUUAUUGGUUGGCCGAACAGUGCCUCUUACGAUUAUCCACCAUUAGCCAAAGAUUAGUUCUCUACUUACGGUCGGUGAUUUAUUUUCAACGUGUUUGUUAUUUGUAUGUAAUAAGGUGCCGAAGUGUAUUUACGACUGUAGUGUGGAGGCAUCCUAUUCGUCCAAGACCAUGAAUUUCGAUGCCUGUUUGUACACAUCUCUGUUUGUUCCUUUACUUUGCCAUCAUGGUGGUAGCUUCUUUCUACUACACAGCAUGCUGUAAUAAAUCCGUAAAUAUCAUGGCCAUCCCUCCAAGGUUUUUUUGAAUUUAUGGGAUCCACAGAGGACUGGCUAAUUACUGAUGCAGUGCUCAUGGUUUUAUGUGGAAGUAACAACUUCCUCCAAAAAGUCUGAAGUGAGCGAUCCCGGUUUGCGAUGACGGAGAAGCCAAUGUCAGUGAGGGCACGGUCUAGGCCUUGAGUAAGACUUACACCAUUGAUAAAUCAAAUGUAGUCAUUAGUUCAUCAUUACCUGUAGGGCUUAGCGUUUUGAAAACAAUACUGGUUAAAUGAUGCACAUUUAUCAGUGUCCAUAUGAUUAAGUGUUAUCAUUCUCGAGCACAACCCGACCAGUGUGUCCCGACUUCAAACCCUCAAAGGAUUUGCUCGAAGCAUUGAACCGCAGAGUGAUUGACAGGGAGAAUCAAGUGGGGUUCAUGAGAGGAGGACAGUGUGUGGAACGUGUGCCUGUUCUACCCUGCGUACCUCCUGUUAUUUCUGUCAUCAAGCUUUCUUUCUCCUCAUUCAUUUCCUUAUCUGAGCUCAUCGACGACGCAGCCAAACGCUCAAAGUUUCUAUUCAAUACCCAGACUUUCAAGUCUUUCAACGAAAGACUUGUUGGAUUUUUGACAUAAAACGUCUAAAACUUUUUAAUCCUAUUGUGGUUGCAAUACACGCAGAAAUUCCUAAAUAAAUGGGCCAUCAGUAUUCGCGCCUGAGAAGGAUUAAGCUCAAAGGUUACAUAAAUAGAAGGCUUGCUUGGAGAAAGAGAGAUUAGGUGGGGGUUAUUGGUAAUGGAAUAUUUGAUAAAAUGCUCCAAUGCAUCCUCCCAGGAGAGAGAGAGAGAG